UGGCCAUUAGCGUCUCAGUUGCUAUUUUUCUGCUAGUUUUGUGAUAAUUUGUUAUAUGUUGUAUCUUUUUUUGUAAACAUCGAAUACACAUAAUGUCUAGUUACGUUCUAACAAGAAGUGUCGUUGGUGCGACAAAAAAAAUAUUAUGGCGUACUUUAUAUCGACCGAUACACGAAGCCGCUGAAAAUCAGCAGAUUUCAAACGAGGAAACACAACCAGACCUUCCAGUGCAGUUGCAACAAAAUCCGUAUCAGAAGCCGCGAGUCCAAUGCAUUUUGUGCAAGCACAAUAUAGAACCAGAUUAUAAAAACGUAAGACUGCUCUCCCAGUUCCAGAGCCGUUACACCGGGCGUAUUUAUGGGCGCCACAUAACUGGUUUGUGCAAGAGUAAACAAGCAAAAGUUGAAAAAGAAAUUCUGAAAGCACAAAACGCUGGUUUCAUGGCUUACUACUUCAAGGAUGUGACGUUCGUGAAGGAUCCCCAGCUCUUUGAUCCGGAUCAUCCAUUCAGGCCUCAUAAUUUUUGAGCAACAGUUAACACAAUUUUAAGAAAUUGAUGACCAGAGUUUGUCAGUUUGUAUGAAAAUAUGUAAAUAAAUAGUGUUGUUGUAGCACAAUAUGCUGCUGUAUAACAACUCAAUACAGUCGACAGAUGGUUAGUUUUCACAUGAAUAUGUCGUUCACAAAUCUUUUCAUCCUACCCAUCUCAUGGAUACAGAGAAUCACAACAAUACACAUCGGUCUUUAUACCAUAAAGUCACAAUCUUCGACUGAAUAUUGAACCAAUUCUGGAGGAAUCCCUAACUGCUCCAAAAGUUUUGACAUGCUUACAGCAGUCCCACUGUGGCAGCUAAUAUCUUUCUGGAAUUGUAUAAGCGCUUCUUGACAACCUCGCAGCCAUCUUUCCGUAACAUCAUUUAAAUCAUGUGCCUCAUGCU